CACACUGUUUAACGAAUGUCUACGUGAAACUAUAAACAGAAUUCAAGAGUCGGGUGUGUUUCUUGAUUUGAUUUCUGUUGUCCGGGCUCGUCACAAAGAUGUAUGCAGUGUUUGUGAGUGUUGGAGUUUUUGCCUUUGCUAACGGUUAUGUUAAUGUCGCCCUCAACAAACCAGCAUACCAACAGUACUCUAUAGGUAUCGACAUAUAUGACGCCAGAAACGCUGUAGACGGACGUAAAUCAGACCUGAGUAUUGUUGGAGGGCAAUGUGCUCGAGCAUUUAGGAGACAAACCGCCACCUGGUGGGUGAACCUGACCACCAUCCACAGCAUCCACCAUAUUACCAUCUACUUCAUGACGGAUAAUGAACCAUGGGGUCCUUCUAGUUUUCUUACUGAGUAUUUCCUUGGAUUUUCUGUGUACGUCUCCAAUACAACAGACAGACUACAGGGAACACUGUGUUACAAGGACGACAACUUUACAGUAGACACCAUACCUGCUGUCUUCACCACAACCUGUCCUGUACAUGGACAGUACGUCAUUUACUACAACGAGAGACUACCUAUAGUUACCUAUCCUGAUGGCUACUCUGAUAAUGUUGGUACCUACCUCUGUGAGCUGGAGGUGUAUGGAUGUCCUACUACCGGAUGUUACGGGUCAAACAAUAGCCUCCCCUGUCCAGACGUUAACUGUCAGUACUGUCACAUAGAGACGGGCACCUGCCAGGACUGUAAACCUGGACAUCAAGGUUACCGAUGUGAACUAGCCUGUGACAGAGGGUUGUACGGUUCUGAAUGCAAUGAAACAUGUGGACACUGCCGUGACGUAAACCAGUGUUCCAAUAUCAAUGGAACAUGUUUGACUGGGUGUGAUGCUGGUUAUCUAGGGGACUUGUGUAAAACUCUAUGUGACAGAGGGUUGUAUGGUUCUGAAUGCAAUGAAACAUGUGGACAAUGCCGUGAUGUAAAACAGUGUUCCAAUAUCAAUGGCACAUGUUUGACUGGAUGUGAUCCCGAUUAUCAAGGAGACUUGUGUAAAACUCGUAAGUGUACAAUUAUUUUACUAUACAUAUACAUAGUCAUACAGAUUGAUAGAUAAGAUUAAGUGAUAGAUAGAGAGUUAGAUUGAAACGCGGGUAGGUGAAGGAAACAUAUAGGCAAUUUAGGGUCUUAAUCUAAAGAUUUAAGAACUGUUUUGAACCAGUCCAAACACUUGGUAUUAUCUUCUAAUAGAUGACAAUGCCACAAACUCGAGAAGUACCUUACUGCCACAUCGGUGCAUUAUCGCGUGAUAACUAUAAAUAGCGUACGUAUAUUCCUUAAUAUAAAAUGAGGUACAAUAACAAUACCCCGUGGUUUCCACAAAUCAAUAAAACAUAUCAAGGGAAGGCAAAAGAUCUCAGUUUUAUCAAAAUAAAUCGCUUCUAGAAUCCUAUAUUCCUCUAAAUUAAAUAGAUAUUCAUCUCGUUCUCAAUAAACCUUCGUAACUUUUGCACGGAAAACGGUAAGUUUCAUCAAAGCAACACAAAACACGGGAUUUUAGCAGCACUAUUCAAGUUUAGCUUUAAUCACACUAUUACAUUUGUAAUACAUGUUGAAUUGAAAGUUUAAUAUAUACGGUGUAUAGUGUUGUUCUAGUCGGAUAUGUAUAUCGGAGGAAAGUCUGGCCGACAAAUAAAGCAAAAUUACAUAUCUUUAAUGAAAUGAUUCAUAAAAAUAACAUCGCUUCAAAUAUUCAGAGAUAGAUAGAUAGAUAGAUAGAUAGAUAGAUAGAUAGAUAGAUAGAUAGAUAGAUAGAUAGAUAGAUAGAUAGAUAGAUAGAUAGAUAGAUCUGAGACAUGAAUCAACAGUUACACGUGUGAUGGCUGUAACGAUAUCAGUGGUACAUGUGAUUAUGGCUGCCGUCCUGGCUGGAUAGGAUACUUCUGUCAAAAAAGUAAGU